AUGAAGACCACCUUCGUUUCCGCGAUUGUGCUGCUUGCCGGCCAAGCCGCGGCCCAUAUGGCCAUCACCUACCCGCCGCCUCUGCGAUCCAAGGACAACCCCUUCGCCGCCAACGACAUCGACUACAGUAUCACCAGCCCUCUGAGUGCUUCUGGCAGCGAUUUCCCCUGCAAGGGCACCUUGAACCUUCUUGGAACCGCGGAGGCUUCUCCAGUUGCUACUUGGCAGGCCGGCCAGCAGUACAACAUGACCAUCUCUGGCGGUGCCAACCACAAUGGCGGUAGUUGCCAGGCUUCCCUCUCCUUCGACAGCGGCAAGACCUUCACUGUCAUCCACAGCUACAUCGGUAACUGCCCCGUUGCUGGCACCUCGUCUCUCAAGUUCACCUUGCCUGCCGACACCCCCUCCGCCAAGGACGCCCUCUUCGCCUGGACCUGGUUCAACAACGUCGGUAACCGAGAGUUCUACAUGAACUGCGCCGUCAUCACCAUCACCGGUGGAGGUGGCAGCGCUUCCACCCCCUUCAGCAGCCGUCCCCAGAUCUUCAAGGCCAAUAUCGCCAACGGCUGCAGCACUGUAGAGGGAUCCGACGUCCUAUUCCCCAACCCCGGCCCACCUGAGGAUGUCACCAACGCCGGCACGAAGACGGCAGCCCCCGUUGGCACCUGCGACGUCGCAGUCGGUGGUGGCAGCUCUGGAGGUGGUGGUAGCAGCUCCCCAAGCAGCUCGGCCAACGUUGUCGCCCCUAAUCCGUCCACCCCGGCCGCUUCUCAAGUUUCUCAGCCGAGCAUUCAGUCGACCACUCGUGCUGCUGGAGGUGCAUCUUCAUCUGCUCAACUCCCUGGCGGUGUCUUCAUCACAGUCCCGCCUUCUAGCAACUCUGCUGUUGCCUCACCUGCUCAGCCAACCACACUCGCAACCGUCAGCAUUCCUGCCUCAUCCAGCGAAGAGUGCACCGAAGGAUCUUCGGCACCCACCGCUGUGCCUGCUCCCACUUCGGCAGUCAUCCCCCCCGCUGCCCCUUCUGCUGCCCCUUCUGCUGCUCCUUCUGCCGCCCCUUCCGCCGCUCCGUCUGCUAUUCCCUCUCCCGGCGCUGGAACUGGUGAUGCCGCCGACGGCUCCAUGACCCCGGGCAAAGCUUGCACCCCUGAGGGUCAGUGGAACUGCGUUUCCGGCACUUAUUUCCAGCGUUGUGCCUCUGGUCAAUGGUCGGUGCUCAUGAGUAUGGCUCCUGGCACCAAAUGCCAGUCUGGCACAACCGAGGUUCUGGUCUGGCAGAAAAAGAGAGCCCACGGUCGCCGCUCCCUACGCGCCAGACACCAUAUCUAA